UGUCAAAUCUUGAUUUCAUUUUGUCAACAAAAUUCUUAUAAAUCUUAAUGACUUCCUGCGGACUUCAGUGACGGCGGGUUAAUUUUAGUCCUGAGCGUUGGUGGACCGGAUCUGUUUCCUCCCUUCAUUCACAACUACUUAAUUUUGUGUCAAGUUUUGAAGAGAAUCUAAAUAUUUCCGUUCUUGUAAAGCUCACCUAUAUAUAUACUUGAAUUAUGAGUAUGUUUUGUAGUAAAUGUCAGAAAUUGGAUUCAAUUAUAAACGAAGUGUUUUCAGUAAUACGUAACUUAGCGGACGACAGUGUGGCCUUAUCAUGCUGGUGGAAGGGAUUUUUUAAUUGGUUUUUUGUUUCAAACCGGAGAUAAUCUGUAGCCUGAACGCGGGCUCUGGGCAUCACAAUGUCGGAAUGACAGAACAAUUGAAUGUCGUCUGAAAGGGAAUUCACCAAAAAAAAAACUUUCGAUUUUUUCGGGUUCUCCAAAUCAUAUCAUGCAGACCGUCCGAGAUCUUUACAUCUUGACUGUGAUAUUAUUUAUAAAGGGUAUCGGGAGCAACUCAAAUGUCAAACCAGAAGUCAGUUCUCCCAAAUAUAGCGAUCUUGACGUUUGUAGUGAUAAAGUACACACGGUUCUAAAUGAGAACUGGCGAGAAAUUGGCAGCAAAGAAUCAAAUAACUGUGACCAGAAAUUAAAAGAGGGAUGGUAUAGGUUUUUAAUCAAUGGGAAAACCGCCCAGCUACCAAGCUUGUGCAUUAAGAAUAAAGCGUGUGGGACAGUUAUACCCCUCAGACUGGAUCUUCACGACCAACAACUUCCUACAGUGAACCACUCCAUCAGUGUGUCUGUCUGUGGCUCCUAUACAAUCCUCAGGAAAUGGGACUGCUGUGUUUUGAGGCAGCCGGCGGUGGUCCACAACUGUGGCAUGUUUUAUGUGUACAGACUGAGCCCACCCGACAGGUGUGACGUUGGAUACUGUGUAGUCAGUGAGGAAAAUCAAAUGAAGAUGCACGUCUUUACAGCAAAAACUGGAGAACCUUCUUCUGAAUUACCGAACCCUACUUAUCCAACAUCUACCACAACGUAUAUACCAUCUACAGCAAAAGAUAACAGAUGUUCCUCCAAUGAACGACAAUGUCCAAAUGGUUGUGUGCCUUUAUCUCAAAGUUGUCCAAUGACUUUGGAUUUGAACACCCUUAGAAGAAGAAUCGUGCAUACUUUUGAUACAAUAAGGCAAACUCACUAUUUCACUCACAAAACAACUACCAGAAAAAUCCCAACAGCAACGACAAGCAUAGAAACUAGUUCAGAACAGGUGACAACUACAUAUCAAAGCCAAAGCCUUCCAGAAAGAACAACACCUAGUGCAGAUAUCACCAGCAGUGUGUUUACUACAUUGAUAACUGCCAUGACGACAAAAGAGGACAAUAGAGCAAACAUUAAAGAAACUGAUCAAACAACCAUAAAUAACACAUCUCACACAGUAGAUAACACUGCGUCUACGUCAGAAAACCUUAAUAUGUCCACAUUUUCUGUUUAUGACUUAAAGACACAAAGAACCUUAGAUUUGUCAACAUUAUCUCAGCCUACUACGACAAUGUCUGAAUCAAGGGAGACAACCUCUAAAACAGCACACAAUAGUGGAUUCCAUGAAAAUCAAAACGAACAACCAGUUUUUGAAGAAUCGUAUUGUGGCGUUACUCUAGCUUUUAAAUUUGAAGCUUCGUAUCUACAGAAUGUUAAUUUCACCGCCUUUAGAAAGAAAUUACAAGUAAUCUUUGCGUCCCUGCUGAAUAUCUACUAUGUAGACAACUACGGUGUUUACAUUGAGGGAAUUUUCUCUUGGAAAACCAGAUACCACAGGGAAACCUUUAAAACCUACACGUCAUCGCACGUGCACUUUGGGCGGGGAAUCCAUAACCAAUCAAAUUACUACAUCACAGUGUUUGCAGAGGAUAUAUUUAAUACUGUUCUGUACUUACCAGAUAAAGUGUUGUCAACACUUCUUCAGAACUCCACCGUUGUCCAUUACAUACAAGAAGAGAUAAAAGAAUUCCAUGCCACGUUUUUGAAUAAGACAUCGAAUAAUACGGAAAUGACGUCAAGAGAGAAGCCGUCGACACCGUAUACACCAUUACUGUAUACUAAUUUUGGACUUUGUAUAGCAGUGUUUUUACCCGUCUCUAUUUUUGUCGUAUGUGCCUUGAUCGGGGUACUGAAAAUAAAAAGCAAGAAUCGCUGUAUGAACCUCCGAAGAAAGUCUGGACAAUAUUACGUUAAGUGGGAGAAGGCAUUGAAACGGGAUGUAUGUAAAGGCAUAGGGUACACAGAAAAUCCAAUGAAAGACAAAGACAUCAUCAAGGGCGAGAAUUCAGUGAAGCAGAAUUUAAUUUCUCCAAAGGACAAAGACUCAACAGAAGAGGACGACAACGUGGCAAAUGAUAAGCGCGGGAAAAAGUUAGCAGACGACAGCUCAUGGGUUCUUCCCACUAAAGAAUUUUACAAUCCAAGCGUUGUUCAAGGUCUACACACAAAGUUGUAAGAAUUCAAGUCAAAUUUAAAAAUUAAGAACACAUGCUACAAAACAAAAAGUUGGAUACAUGGAUAGGUAUUAAGUUUUGGACUUAAUUUGAUUUUAAAUAAUGCAUUUAUAAACUCUCUAUAUAUUUAGAAAUUUUAGAAAUUCUGUGAUGUUAAAACUUCUUCCAUUUGUUAUCACCCUCAUAAAUCUAUAUAUUUUUUAUCACUUUAUUGGACAUUGUUUAGAAACAUUGAAUAAAAAAGGAAACUUUUGUGGAAAAAGGUUCAUAUAGGGCUUUUUUGACCCUGUGAAUUUCUGAAAAAGUGAAACUGCUUAGUUUUAGUUGACAGUGCAUUAAAUAUCAUUUUAGACCCUUGGUGACUGCAUAUCUAUAAAAAAAAAAAAAAAAAAUUGACGCAUUUCUCUGUCUAGUCAAUAAUGCAUUAUGAGUUCAUAAGUUGCGUCAUUUUAUUCAUAUUCUGUAGAUUUCUGUAAAAAACGCCCAAACUUUUAAACUUUUAUUGAUGGAUGGAACAGGAUAUAGAGUAUAAGUCAAUAAAUUGGGAUAUCUACAGGGCCGUUUUGUGCAUAAAGUGGGCCUAGCUCCGAAUUCAUUUUAUUUAUAUAACCAUUGAUUAGAUUGUUAUUUCAUGAAAGUUUUGAAAAAAAAUUGUGUGUAUGUAUCAUCUAUCCCUAAAGGGAGAAUUUGAUACAAUUAGCUAUAAUUAAUAAUAAUAAUGACGGGUAUUAUUGGUUAGUUUUGAUAGAUGAAGUCACAAACACUAUUUUUGUUUGCAAUGUCUUGCCAGUUAGCUGUAGAAAAGUUUUGUAUUCAUUUUUUUUGCAUGGGAUGCUCAAGUCAGUUUAGGAAUAAAACAUAUUGCAGGUUUUAACAUUUAACGUUGCAUUUUUACGAUAUCUAGUCAGAAGGUGCUACAAUGUAAUUUUUAAAGGGUAUAUUUUAUAUAUGAUCAAGUGCAAAUUUAUACUUAACAAUGUUUAUGCAAUGUAAAAAUUUUACAAUGGAAUAAUUGUCACAAAAGCAUAAUUUAUAAGACAAAAGGAAUUUUAUUUCCCCUUUUGCGUGAUACUGUAAGGAUAUACAGUGUAUGUACUUUAUAAUUUGAAAAAAAAGUGUCAAAGCAUGAAGGUUGUGUACUCGUUAUUUAUUAUGCAUUCAUUAUUUAUUGAUCGUAGUAAUAUUUACUUCAGUUUAAACAUAUGUUGUAAAAUGAAUAUUUUUGUCUGA